CCGGAGAAGGACGACAGCGCUUUGGGGAGAGUCCACACAUAUUUGCCUGCAGUGGGCCGAGGCGGCCAGUGUUUUGAACGCGGAGCUAGUCGCUCGCUAUGCCAUCUCUUGGAAAAUUAUUCAGUGAAGGCAUGUCGUCGUUGCGGCUCAUGCUUUGAACUUAUUCGAUUGGCUUCCCUCGGGCCCCAAAGGUUUAUUUGAUUUUUUUUUUUUUACAUGCGGCGCGACUAAAUUGGAUAACAAAGGGGCGGAAGCGCAACAAGUGGAGUGUGUGUCGAGGAGAGGCCGACAUUUGUCAGCGUCGCUAGCCAUGGAAGAGCAAAAGGAGCCCACCAGCGGCAGGGACUCGACCGAGGACGAGAGCGUGUCGCUGUCACCGAACCUGCCAUCCCCUCCCAUUAUCCUCCCGCACCAGGCCGCCCAGCAGGCUCACAGAAACACCAACUUUUUUAUCGACAACAUCCUGCGGCCAGACUUCGGCUGCAAAAAGGAGCCGGGCUACCGCGAGCGCAACCAGACGGCGGGCAGAGAAAACAUCAACCCGCUAGCGGCGAGGCCGCACGCCGGCAGCCUCUGCUUGGACUCGAACUGCAGCAGCGACAGCGCCUCGUCGUCGCCGUCUUCGUCGUCGUCUUCGUCGCCCUCAUCCAAGCAGAGCUCGGCCAAACAAGUAGAAGCGGCGAGCAACGGCAGCGGCAGACUUGCUGACAGCCCCUCGGCCAUCGUGGUGAUGAACGGCGGCAAUGGAGCGUCUGUGCCCACAGCCAAGGACCAGCAGCCCAUGCUGUGGCCAGCCUGGGUGUACUGUACGCGCUACUCGGACCGGCCCUCAUCUGUUUCCACACCAGGGCCGAGGACACGCAAACUGAAGAAGAAGAAGAGCAGCAAGGAGGACAAGCGGCCCAGGACGGCUUUCACGGCCGAGCAGCUGCAGAGACUGAAAGCCGAAUUCCAGGCCAACCGCUACAUCACGGAGCAACGAAGACAGUCGCUGGCCCAGGAACUCAACCUGAACGAGUCCCAGAUCAAAAUCUGGUUCCAAAACAAGCGGGCCAAGAUCAAAAAGGCCACGGGCUACAAGAACGGCCUGGCGCUGCAGCUCAUGGCCCAAGGACUGUACAACCACUCGACCACCACCGUGCAGGACGAGAAGGAGGACAGCGAGUAGACCCGCACGCUCGCAUUAAUACUAUGGACGUCGUUGCGAUUAAAAGUUUAUAUAGCCGCUGCAGUUAUCAUGUGGUAUACGAGUAUAUUUAAUUAAUCCCCCUCGACCCCCGCGCUCCCUAUCUCUCACCCCGUGGUUGUUUUGAAGAUGCAUUUUGUGCCCCUUCAUGUCUCCUUCACACAUCGCAGACUCAGAAAAGCCAAAGAUUUUCAUAUGUUCACAUGUAUGGAUUCAAAAUGUAAAAUUAAAAAGAAAAGAGACACAGAGAGA